AUGGACGCUCAACCCGGGGCCAGUACACAGCUCGCUCAGUUUUGUAACCCUGUACGAUGGGAGGACCUGCCCGAUCCCGAAGUUAUCCGUGUCGGCGAUCGCUACUACAUGAGCACCUCGACCUUUCACUUCUCACUAGGAGCGUCGGUCCUCGAGUCCAACAAUCUAGUUGACUGGGCAUACGUUGGCCAUUCAGUUCCCGAACUCCCAGGCGGCCCCUCGUUUUCUCUUGACACGGGCAACAACAAAUGGCACACCGGGUAUGGAAAGGGUGUGUGGGCUUCAUCGUUAAAGUACCGUGAAAGUGACGGGCUCUUUUACUUUUACACUACUAUUCAAGGCACAAACCAAACUUAUCUUUAUACGGCGAAAAACCCUGGUGAUACGUGGACGCCUCAUCCGCCACUGAAUAAGAUCUAUUACGAUGUCGGAUUGCUCAUCGACGAUGAUGACACUCUCUACUUAGCUUAUGGCGCCAAGUCAAUUGAGGUCGCUCAGCUAUCAGCCGACGGCUUAACAGAGGUUGUCAGUCAGCAAGCCGUCACUAACGAUUGUCUCAUUGAGCCCGUGUAUACAUCAGACGAGUACCUCGCGCCUGGGGAGUUUUUCGAGGGCGCACGCAUGUACAAAAUCGACGGCGUGUAUUACAUCUGGAUUACCAAGACAGGUAACUGCCAGUAUGUACUCAGGUCUUCGGACGGUCCGUUCGGGCCUUACGAGGCUCGAGACGUCAUCGUAAACAUGCGAUCUCCGAUUCCAGGAUCAGGCGCUCCACACCAAGGAGCGCUGAUUGAUACUCCGCAGGGCGACUGGUACUACAUGGCCUUUGUUGAUGCCUGGCCCGCGGGUAGAAUCCCUGUUCUAGCUCCUGUCAAGUUCGAUGAGGCGAAAUGGCCAAGGGUCGUGGCUGAUUUUUCUGAUGCUCGUGGUCAAUGGCUCGGCCAGUACCCCAAGCCGGCCAAAAUAAGCAGCAAAGAAUACUGUGGAACAUGCUUCAAACGACACACCUUUGCCGAAGCUAAGCUGGACAGCUGCUGGGAGUGGAACCACAACCCAGACAACUCAAAGUGGAGGCUUCAGGAUGGUAUUUUGACGCUUGACACGGCUUCCGUCACGCAAAGUCUGCACUACGCGACCAACACACUCACCCAUCGAUCUAUCGGGCCCGGCAGCAGCAUAACCGUUUGUCUCGACACCUCGAAGCUUAUUAAUGGUGAUAGAGCCGGUGUCUCACUGUUCCGCGACGAGAGCACCUACAUCGGCAUUCACAAAGACGAUAACGCGGCCCGGAUAGUGAUAUUCGAUGGUGCCAGGGUAGGCCCGAUGAGGAUUCCCGUGGGCUGGAUCAACGGCUGUCCUACGGCUCUUGACUGGAAGUGGAUCGCAAAUGGAUCCAUCACGAGUGAAACAUCGUUGGACCAUGAUAAGAUAUGGCUGAGAGCCAAGGCGGACUUUAGGCCCGUGUUCUGUGACGAGUCUAAAAAGCAGACAAGACAAGCCAUGUUCGAGUAUAGCUACGAUGGCUUAACCUUCACACAACUCGGCCCAGCUCAUACCUUGACCAAGUCAAUCGUUGGCUUCGUCGGUCUCCGUUUUGGACUUUUCAACUUUGCCACUAACAAACUUGGCGGACAGCUUCUCGUUGAGGACUGCAAUAUCGAGCUAUGGAACCCGCAGAGCGAGUAG